ACAUAUUGGGUACAUAUUGCUCUCCACUUUUCUUCUUUGGGAACCGGGACACAGGUCUCAUCAUCAAGCCAGCUAAGGUCACAUUGGUCACGUUGCCCAAGUUCUAUGCCCGUUAUAUAUCAUCGCUACUAUAAACGAGCCGUCCUCGAUCGCUUAGCCGAUAUACAAACCGGGUACCCAAUCUUCAUCCUUUUUCUUUUUAUCGGAAUCGCGAUUAACGAAAACAACAGCACAUCUUUUCCUGGGAACGUUACCAGACUCUUUCAGAAUACGGUAAGCUCCUAUGUUCCAUCAGUUAGAUUGUUUUUAGUUCCCCAUCCCGACCCGGAACCCACUGAGCACUGCAAGGCCGCCUUUUCCCCGACUAUCCAACCAGAGUCCACCCGCUUGUCCGAAUCUACCCCACGACCUAGACUCUUCGCUUGGGCGCCUUUCACUUACGACUCGCGACAACCUGACCCCGUGGGGUUGGUAACGUUUAGUCGUCAUCGAGACAAACUAGGUACUUGGGUGGAUUCCCAAAUUAGGUACCUCUUAUUGUUAUUCAAAGUCUGACUUCAUCUUCCACCUGCCCCCUUGUCUAGCUAUU